AUGGAGGAGGUAAAAAUCGCAGACGGCCCUGUGCCGAACUGCGUCAAGAUGGAGCGGGACGACAGCAGGGCAUCUUCGCGCAACAAGAGCAAUCAUGGCUCUCGGGCCGUCAGCAUGUCGCCUGGUAACGAAAAUAAUGAGGAGGGCGUCUCGACACCUGGCGCGAACAACCGGCCGAAGCUUUCACGCAAAGCGUCCCAAAAACCCGUCAAACGCGAAGCGCCGCUUUUCACCGAUUUGCCCGACGUCACGGAGGCAGCCAGCGAUACGUUCCAGGUCAUUCCGGACUGUCUAUACGGCUCGAAGCAUAUGGGCUCUUCGGAGCAUGAUGCCUUGGACUGCGAUUGCCGUUCCGAGUGGCAAGAUGGAAAAAAUUACUCGUGUGGCGAAGAUUCCGACUGCAUCAAUAGAGCGACGAGGAUGGAGUGUGUUGUCGGCACUGGAAAUUGCGGCGACGGUUGCCAGAACCAGAGAUUUCAGCGCAAGGAGUACGCCAACGUUUCGGUCAUCAAAACGGACAAGAAAGGUUUCGGCCUCCGCGCCAACGUCGAUCUGCAAGCCAACGACUUCAUAUUCGAAUACAUCGGCGAAGUCAUCAACGAGCCGACCUUCCGACGGCGCAUGUCCCAAUAUGACGAGGAAGGCAUCAAGCACUUUUAUUUCAUGUCGCUUACCAAGCACGAAUUUGUCGAUGCGACGAAAAAGGGCAACCUGGGCCGGUUUUGCAACCAUUCUUGCAACCCGAAUUGCUACGUCGACAAGUGGGUAGUGGGAGAGAAGCUGCGCAUGGGAAUUUUCACAUCGCGCAAAAUCAAAGCUGGCGAGGAGCUGGUGUUCAACUACAAUGUCGACCGCUACGGAGCCAACCCCCAGCCCUGCUACUGUGGCGAGCCCAACUGCACCGGUUUCAUUGGUGGCAAGACCCAGACCGAGCGGGCGACGAAAUUGCCCCUUGCAACUGUUGAAGCCCUCGGUAUCGACGACGGCGACAGCUGGGACACCGCAGUCGCUAAGAAGCCCCGGAAGAAGAAGACUGAAGAGGAUGACGAGGAGUACGUUAACAGUGUGCAGGCUAGAAGCCUGAACGAAGAUGGUGCACGCAAGGUCAUGGCGACUUUGAUGCAGUGCAAGGAGAAGUGGAUUGCGGUCAAGCUGCUGCAGCGCAUUCAGCAGUGCAAUGAGGAGCGCGUGAUCCACUGUGUCAUGCGCAUGCACGCCUACCAAAUUCUCAAGACCACCCUCAACACAUUUAUUGACGACCACAACGUUGUCCUUCAGGUCUUGGACAUUCUCGACAAACUCCCCCGAUUGACCCGCAACAAAAUCGAGGGCUCGAAAAUUGAAGACACAAUCAACAAGCUUGCGCAGUCGGAAAACGAAGAGGUCAGCGCAAAGUCCAAGAAGCUGUUGGAAGAAUGGGCAAAGCUGGAGCUGGGUUACCGCAUUGGGAAGAGAAAGUUUGACCCCAACGCCCCUAACACGAAUUCCUUCCACGACAGGCGCAAUCCAGACCGUGAGGAAGAUACCACCGCCAAAUCAACCCCCGACCCUCUGCAAAAUGUCGAGAUUCCCAAAGGACCCCGAAGCAGCAUGCCGCAGCGGAAUCCGCAUGUUUUCAAUGGACCCCCUAGACCUCGGCGGCAACAGAAUUUCCACAGCAGCGGCCCUCUUCCUCCAGGAUGGUAUCCAGCGAAGGACCAGCGUGGCAACACCUACUUCUAUAAUGACAGUGGCGCUGUGACAUGGCAGCGACCUGCACCCACUGCCAACAAAGCGCUGCAAGAGCAACAGGUGUUGAGAGAUAUUAUCAACAAGGUUACGAAAGAACCCACUCCUAGACCUUCUGCUUCGCAAACACCACAACGGGUAGAAACUCCUGUACAGGAACCGAAGCAAGAGAAGUGGCGAUCUCUCCCGGUCGAGAAACAGAUGAAGAUCUAUGAGAACACGCUUUUUCCUCACGUAAAGUACGUCAUUGAUAAAUACAAGCACAAGCUGCCAAAGGACGACCUUAAGAGACUCGGCAAGGACAUCAACAAGAAGCUGGUCUCGUCCGACUACAAGAAGAAUCGCGUUCAGGAUCCGACUGCCCCGUUGGACCAGAAGCAGGCCAGAAAGGUCAAGACGUUCGUCAAGGAAUUUUUCGACAGGGCUGUUGUCAAGAUGAAGAAUCAUGAAAAGGACAGAGCCGCCCGUCAGAGCAAGGACAAGGAGCCGAACGCCGCAGGUCUGUCUGCUGACGGAGACGUUACUGUGGCUGACGUUGCUGGUGAAGUGACGCUUUCUGACGAUGAAGACGCCGCCUCGACAGGCGAUUCAGAAAAGAAGCGUAAGCGUGAGGAACAGACAGCGAACUCGCCGACCAUGAGUCCUUCGGACGGACCUUCAGCGAAGCGCUUCAAGGAUGGCAAUGCAGAGGAUGGAGCUCCACCACCUCCGCCGCCCCCGCCGCCUUCAGAGCCGGCCCCAACCGAUUCCCCCGAGUCUUUGACUGAAGAGCAACAAGCGCUUAGGGAGCAGGAGGAAGCUCUUAUGAGGGAGAACGAAGAGGCCGAGCGGGACGAGGCCACCAAGACCCAGGAACCUUUCCGGGUCAAUGGCGGCGUACUAGUGUCUGGCGAAGGUGAACCUGCUGAUAUGCUUCGGCAACGAGAGGUUCUGGGUCAUUAG